CGUCAUCCAAAUCAAAUAUUUGAAGUCUAUCAAGCUUCUUUCUAUCCCGUCUGGACUUUGUUUGUCUCGUCCAGCUUCGCUCUCUCGCGAGAAUCCCUCAGCCUUACCGGAAUUGUUGAGAGGGUCUAGAUUCGGCCACCGACUCGGCUUCUGACGUCAGGCCUGAGGCAGCCCGCAGCAGCCCAGUCAAUAUACAAUGGCGCUAUUAUUUCUGAAGCAGAAGCUCUUCCCGAGCGAAAAGCAAAAACAGGCCCUUCCAUAUGGUCUGUCCGCCUGCAAAUGAAUAACUUCAACCGAACUCGACUGACCAAAACAGGCAAACCACUACUUUCCAAUGAGGAGACCGAUACCCUGCCGAGCGAACAAGAUCUCGAAGCUCAACGGUCUUACUCUACCUUCCGCGCCUCAUCUCCCGUUUCCGACACCGACAGCACCGCCGCCAGCACUAGCAGUUCGCGAUCACGUAUCAACCCGCGUAUUGUAUCGGAUGCCAUUCUAGGUUUAUCCGAUGGCUUGACGGUACCGUUCGCGCUGAGCGCUGGUCUCUCGGCGCUGGGUAACACUAAGGUCGUUGUGCUUGGUGGAUUGGCCGAAUUGACAGCGGGUGCCAUCUCCAUGGGCCUGGGAGGAUAUGUUGGUGCGAAGAGCGAAGCUGAAUCCUACGAGACCACCGUACGUGAAGCAAAAGAACUCAUCGACACAUCGCCAGCCGAAACCAGUUCCAUCGUCCAAUCCAUCUUCGCUUCCUACCGUCUCCCCGAAGAUGUCAUCAAUCAGAUUAACAUAUCCCUCCACUCCUCUGAAGACCGCCUCCUCGACUUCCUGGUCAGCUUUCAUCACAAGGAAUCUGAGCCUGACUGCAACCAGGCGUGGAUCUCCGCCAUCACACUCGCGCUCGGCUACUUUGUCGGUGGUUUCAUUCCGCUCAUCCCAUAUUUCAUCGUCGACCAGGUGAUCGUGGCAUUGUACAUGAGCAUCGGAGUCAUGGCAAUCACGCUGCUGGCCUUCGGAUACAUCAAGACAUGUGUAGUGCGCGGCUGGUCCGGGCGCGACAACGUCGUCGCAGGCAUCAAGGGAGGAAUACAAAUGUGUUUCGUGGGCGGAGUCGCAGCUGGAGCAGCCAUUGCCUUGGUCCGGUUGAUCGACACCGGCGGAGCGUGAUCUCCCAACUGCAAAAGUUACCCAUCCCAUCAUCUCAUGCCAUAACGAUUGUACAUUAUUAGAUACCACCACCACCACAUCAUAGAGCGAGUC